UGAAUUUGCGUCUCCCUUCACGCGCGUGUUGAAGCUCUGUGUUAGCAGCUAUGGCGGUCCCUGGUGGGAUGCUUUAGACUACUCGAGGUGUGUUAUGGCACUUUUUGUUUGGAUGUGAGCCUCGAGAUAGACCGGCGCUUUUUAGUUAUUUUUCGUGAGUUUAAAGGUGCCGUUUCGGAUUUGUCCGGAAGUUUUCAUUCCGAGUUGGGCGAAGGAUUUGUCUUUGGAAGUCCCUGGUAGCGAGUAAUGACGAGUGUUGCUGGACAAGGAGCUUUAUUAAGUCGUGUUUGCGUGUUAGUGCUGUGGAAGAGAAUUUCCCAAGUCUUCAGUGGAGCAGAUGGCCUGUUUGGAUUCUACAGUUGAUUUUUGCCGUUUCGCGUACGGUUGAGAGUUUCGGCGAUUAAUCUGGGCGGGCUGUUCGUUUGUUACUUUCUUCGUCGGUGGUUUUUUCGGGUGCUUCAUACUUCCUAGCUCACUGGUUGUUAGCAAAUUGUGCUGCGACAGAUUUCUGCAGUUAGCGCUGUUGCUGGUAGCGGUGAUCGAGUUAUAUAAGAUUAGGGUUUUUGACGAGGGUUGAGUUUUCAAGAGGAAGUCGAAACGUUGAGUUGACCGGGAUUGUUUGAAGGUCUGUAGCAAUGGAUCCUCUGAGUGUUCUUCGAGAUUACACUAUCCGCGGUGAAUUGGACCAGGUGAAGCUGGUUGGAGAUGUAUAUAAUUUUGGUGACGACUACAGUUUCCGCAAGAACAUCGAGACUGCAUACAGGUCGAAGCAAGGAGGUUUCUACACGUUGGACUCUCUUGUGUUUUUCGUGAAAAACAUACAUAUGAAGCACACUGAUUACAUGAAUGCAGCCCGCGCAGCGAAACUCCAAUUUGCAACCUUCACUGACAGGAAGCCUCUCCUAGAUUACUUGGAGGGAAGAGUUGCUACGAAUGAUGCAAUUGAGCUUCUUCCACCUACAGCAGCUCCAGCUAGCAUCAAUGAAUGGGCAGGAGGGAAGCAUGCUCACGACGAAGAGCCCGAGGUCGUAGGAGUGGACGACGUAGAUCAUCAUGCUGCUAAGAAAUUUCGAGCUCAGCCUUGGGAAGGACAGAAUGUGAUGGAGACACAGUUUUGCGAUGACGGGGCAUCAGUAAUUAAUAUCAUUCGGGAGCGUGAAUGGCCUGUCAGAGAUCGUGAGACAAUCCUUCUUUGCCAUAACAAAAGUUUUGAGAGUGUUUUAUCCUCUCUGCUAACCAAGAGAGAUGAUGACAAGAAAAUACCAGACGUUGAUGUAAGGAAGGAUUUAGGAAAAGGACCUGAUGGACUGAUGCCUGCUCCAAACUCUGCCAAUCGAUACGCUAAUGUAGAGGAGAAACGGUUUUGGAAAGAACACUUGGGAACAGAUGUUGCUGAAGAGUUGGGAAUAAAUCCUUCUCAGUCGUACAUUUCGGAUUCAAAGAAAAAAGACGCAGCAAGAAUGAAACCUGAUUCGAAGGCUUCUCAGCGUCCUCCCCACCAUCCACAUCAUAGACCCAAUGUGAAAACUAAACCUGAUGGUCCUCCAAUAAUAAUUGUUCCGAGCGCGUCACAGACUCUUCUGAACACGUUCAAUGUGAAGGAGUUCCUCGAAGAUGGCGUGUACGUUUCUCCCGAGGUCAAAGUUAAAGGUAUGGCGAAGAAAGUGGAUAUUGUAUUUGUUCAGCGGAAGAUGGGCAGGGAGCGGCCAGUUCCCUAUGAAGUUAGAGACAAGGUUCAAGGACUCACUUCUAAGGAUUGGGAGCGGGUCGUGGCUAUAUUCGUGUUGGGAAAAGAUUGGCAAUUCAAGGGUUGGCCAUUCAGUGAUCGAGUAGAGAUUUUCAACAAAUUCAUGGGAGUCUUUCUGCGAUUUGAAGAUGAUAGUGUGGAAUCAGCGAAACAAGUUAUGCAGUGGAAUGUUAAGAUUAUCAAUCUUAGCAAGCACAAGCGACAUCAAGACAAGACAGCCGUUCUUAAUUUUUGGCAAGGGUUGGAUUCGUAUAUUCAGAGUCGGAAAUUGAAUCUUUUAUACUAGUGUUCGUCGUCUGAUAUCAGACGUGAUGUGUACUUGUUUUCGUGUAGGCUGUGAAGUGAAUUUCAACUUCCGAUUUUCCAGAACUCUAUGGAGCAGGUUGUAUAGUAUUCUUCUCAGAAGCAUGUAAUGGAUGCUGGUUGAACCCUUUCAAUCCAAGUGUGUCCCGGCAGGAUAUCCAUUGAAAAGUACUGGGAAAUGGUAGAGGGUAAAAAAUGUGUCUUUUCUUUCAUCUUACCUGGAGGUUGAAUUAUGAGGAUGUCACAUGCGGUUGAUGAUCAAGAUCAAUUUGUGCUUCUAUAUGUAAAGUUGAGAAUAGAAAGAUAAUUCACACAUUACAAGCGAAUCUUCUGGAAUUAUUUGAGGAGUUGGACAAUUUGCAAACUUAUUCGGGGCCGACUGUUUGAUACUGAGCACAUGCUGCUUUCUUGAUGCUGAAGGGCUCUGCGUAUUAACUCGAAUUUGAGAUUGUGUCGUUAGGAUUUUUUUAAUGAAAUCUGGAUAAUUGGCAACA